AUGAUAAGUAAAUUCAAUAAAUAAAGCUUCUUGCAAUAGAAAAAAGAAGAGAAGUAAUCUAGAGAGUUGGAAAGGAAAAAAAUUGAAAUGGCAUCUAAAAUUUUUAUAUUUUAUAAAAAUACAAAAAUUUGCAAUGAUUUAAAACAAUCGAUAAUUUAAUAGUAUUUACCAAAAAUCUAAACAGCUCUAUCAGUUUAAUUUAUGAAAGAUUUGGUAUUUAUAAAUAUUAUAUUAGCAAACAUUUUACAAGGUCUGCAACAUAACACUAAAUAAAUGUCCAGAAUUUUUAAAACCCUUUUUUCUUUUAAAUAAAAAGAAUGUCUUAAACAAUGAAACAUAUGUUUUAAAUAUGCUUCAACUAUUUAGUGGAUGCUUGUAAAUUUAGUAGAAUAACUUUGUUAUUAAUUUAUUUAAGGGAAACCAAUUUUUAAUAAAUAGACUGCAUGUACUAAUAAAUAAAUAUAUUUUUAGUUUUCCAAAGCCAUAUUACUUGGGUUUUAUUUGAUUCAAACAUCAAAAUAAGCUAGUAAUUUUAUUAAAUCUAUGAAUGAAAUAUUGAUUUCAAUUCAUUAAUUACUAAAUGCUAAUUAGAUAGGUAGAAACUAUUAUUAUUUUAGAUUUAUUUUAUGGUUAAUUCUAAAGAUUAGAGACUUAAAUCUUAUAAUAUAAUUUGCCAUAAUUAAUAGUAUAGAAAGGAUUUGAAAUAUUUAUAUUUUACUAUUUAAAUUUGAAAAGAAAUGAAUAAGAAGUUUGGGAUUUAGGGUUUAAUUAUGUGAUGUUAAUAGAAUAAAACAAUUCAUUUGAUUUUUGUGAAUUGAUGAAUCAUAUUAAAAAAUCUAAGUAAUAUAAUUAGCUUAUUUCAAUUGUAUUUACUUCUGAAUAAGAAAUAUAAUAUAUAAGAAAAUUGUUUAAUAAGUUACAAACUUUAAAAAUUCUAAAUAGUGAAUAAUUAUUUGAAAUCCUAACCUAAUUAUUGCAGGUUUUAGAAUAGAAUUAUUAUAAAAUGAAUUUACUUUCAGAUUUUAAAAAUUUAUAAUAUCUAAAUAAUUCAGAACAUAAAAAAUUAAAAAUAUUAAGAAAAAAAAAAGAAUUUAUCUAAUUUAUAGAUUAAUUAAAUUUUUAAAAACUUUUAAGUUUAUUAGAAAAUUAAUAAUUGACAGACUAAAGUUAAAUAAGUAAAUUUAUAUACUAUUUAAUAAAUAUUGGAUAAAAUAGAAAAUUAGAAAUUAUAUAAUAGAUGUAAAAAUUAAGAUACAUAGAUAAUUAUUUAACUAAAUAUUUACUUUAUUUAUCUAAUUUAAAAGAUUUUGAAAGGAUUCCUCCUGAAUCUAUAUCUGUGUAUUGUUAUGUUAAGGCUUAUGAAUUCUAAUUAUUGGAUGAUAAAGAAUUUUAAAAUAUUGCUCUUAAGAAUGAAAUAGUAAAGAAAGAAUUUAUUGAGAUAUUUGGAUUUAUCAUUUAAUAUACAAAGAUUUGUAUAUAAAAUGAUAUUAAUUAACACAUUUAUAAGGAACUUAAAUUAUUUAUAAGAGAAAUAUUUGAUAGAAAUUAGAUUUUAAAUUUUUAUGAAUGGAAAUAUGAAAAAAUGAAAAUAAAUAAUCAUCUACCUAUUUUUUCAUUGUUUUCACAAAGAAUUUAAAAGUUUAAUUAAUAUUUGCUAGAAGAUAAAAAUUAAUUCAAUAGAAAUAUAUUAGCUUUAAUUACCUAUGAUGAAUUUGGAGAACCAAUUGUUAAAUAAAAUAUGAAGAUUGUUAUUAGGAGAGGAUAAGAAUUUUAGGAUGCAUUUGAUUNAAAAUAAGCUAGUAAUUUUAUUAAAUCUAUGAAUGAAAUAUUGAUUUCAAUUCAUUAAUUACUAAAUGCUAAUUAGAUAGGUAGAAACUAUUAUUAUUUUAGAUUUAUUUUAUGGUUAAUUCUAAAGAUUAGAGACUUAAAUCUUAUAAUAUAAUUUGCCAUAAUUAAUAGUAUAGAAAGGAUUUGAAAUAUUUAUAUUUUACUAUUUAAAUUUGAAAAGAAAUGAAUAAGAAGUUUGGGAUUUAGGGUUUAAUUAUGUGAUGUUAAUAGAAUAAAACAAUUCAUUUGAUUUUUGUGAAUUGAUGAAUCAUAUUAAAAAAUCUAAGUAAUAUAAUUAGCUUAUUUCAAUUGUAUUUACUUCUGAAUAAGAAAUAUAAUAUAUAAGAAAAUUGUUUAAUAAGUUACAAACUUUAAAAAUUCUAAAUAGUGAAUAAUUAUUUGAAAUCCUAACCUAAUUAUUGCAGGUUUUAGAAUAGAAUUAUUAUAAAAUGAAUUUACUUUCAGAUUUUAAAAAUUUAUAAUAUCUAAAUAAUUCAGAACAUAAAAAAUUAAAAAUAUUAAGAAAAAAAAAAGAAUUUAUCUAAUUUAUAGAUUAAUUAAAUUUUUAAAAACUUUUAAGUUUAUUAGAAAAUUAAUAAUUGACAGACUAAAGUUAAAUAAGUAAAUUUAUAUACUAUUUAAUAAAUAUUGGAUAAAAUAGAAAAUUAGAAAUUAUAUAAUAGAUGUAAAAAUUAAGAUACAUAGAUAAUUAUUUAACUAAAUAUUUACUUUAUUUAUCUAAUUUAAAAGAUUUUGAAAGGAUUCCUCCUGAAUCUAUAUCUGUGUAUUGUUAUGUUAAGGCUUAUGAAUUCUAAUUAUUGGAUGAUAAAGAAUUUUAAAAUAUUGCUCUUAAGAAUGAAAUAGUAAAGAAAGAAUUUAUUGAGAUAUUUGGAUUUAUCAUUUAAUAUACAAAGAUUUGUAUAUAAAAUGAUAUUAAUUAACACAUUUAUAAGGAACUUAAAUUAUUUAUAAGAGAAAUAUUUGAUAGAAAUUAGAUUUUAAAUUUUUAUGAAUGGAAAUAUGAAAAAAUGAAAAUAAAUAAUCAUCUACCUAUUUUUUCAUUGUUUUCACAAAGAAUUUAAAAGUUUAAUUAAUAUUUGCUAGAAGAUAAAAAUUAAUUCAAUAGAAAUAUAUUAGCUUUAAUUACCUAUGAUGAAUUUGGAGAACCAAUUGUUAAAUAAAAUAUGAAGAUUGUUAUUAGGAGAGGAUAAGAAUUUUAGGAUGCAUUUGAUUAAUUAGAGAAAAAAUAAUUAAAGAAUAUGUUUCAUGUGUAAUUUGUAAAUCAAAUGGGUAUACCAGAAGAUGGAAUUGAUGCUGGAGGAGUGACAAAAGAAUUUAUAACAAGAGUAACUAAUUAAGCAUUGGAUCCAGCAUUUGGUUUAUUCAUUGAGACUCCAGAAAAGACUUUGAUUCCUAAUCCUGCUUUUAUGAAGGAAGAAAAACAGUAUAAUUUAUUAUAAAAUUAGAAAAUAUGCAUUUAUUGGUAAAAUAAUAGGUAAAGCUAUAUAUGAAGGAGUUCUUAUUGAGAAAGUCUUAAAUUAAGUGUUUUUAAAUUAGGUUUUAGGAAUAACAAAUACAAUUAAUGAUUUUCGAUUUUAUGAUUCAGAAUAAUAUCAUAGAAUUUGUAAUCUAAAGAAUCAAGAUGUAACUGAUUUUGGAUUAACUUUUUCAAUUACUUAAGAGUUUUAUGGAUAGAUAAUAGAAUUUGAUUUAAUACCAAAUGGGAGAUAGAUAAAUGUGACUAAUGAUAAUAAAAUAUAAUACAUAAAUUUGUAUUGCCAUUUUAGAUUAAAUAAAUAGGUAAAGUAUAAUAAAAAUAGUAUAGAUAAAAGAAUAAAGUUAAAUAUUUAGGGAAGGACUUGAAUAAGUGAUAGAUCCUGAGUAAUUCAAAUUAUUUACUAAUCAGGAAUUAUAAUUAUUAAUAUCAGGAUAGCCAGUUAUUGAUAUUUAAGAUUUGAUUUCUAAUACAAAAUACCAAGGGUAUUUACCUUAAGAUAAGACAAUCCAAGAUCUUUGGAGUGUUGUAAAUGAUUUCGAAUAUGAACAACAGAGUUAAUUUUUGUUCUUCUUUUCUUCUUGCUCUAGAGCUCCUACUUAAGUAUAUUUAAUUAUUUAUAAUAUAGGGUUUUAAAAGUUUAGAACCUCCUUUUAUGAUUUAAAAAGUGCCAAUUUAACAUCCAAAUGAAAUAUAGAAAUUACCAACUGCUUCUACUUGUUUUAAUAUUCUAAAAUUGCCUGACUAUAAAAAUAAAGACAUACUAAGAGAAAAAUUAGUUUAAGCUAUUAGUUCAAAUACAGGAUUUGAAUUAACAUGA